AUGGAAAUAAAGGAACCAUUUAGNGAAUUUCACAAUUAAUAAAACUUUUUUGGAGCAAGUUUAAAAAGAGGAUUUGAUCCUAUGCUUGAAGAAAUCUUAGAAGAUGAAUUAUCAAAAUGUGGUGAUUUAUAAGCAUUAGAAAUUGUUUAAUAAGGAGAGAAGAAAAUUAUAGGAAUUAAAGAAGAAAAUGAAAAGAAAAAGAAGGGAGAAUAGAAAGAUAAAGCUAAAUUAGCAAUUGAGAAUGCUACACAAAAUAUUAAUAAAUAAAAAAAUGAUAUUCAAUAAGAAUUAGAAAAAAAAGUAAAUUAUAUUUAUAAUUUAGAAAUAAAUGUUUUAAAAAUUGAGAGUAGUAACCAGCAUAGCUAGUUAAGAAGAUAUGCAAAAGUACAAACUCAAUAUGGAUUUAGAUUAAUAAGAAUUGAAAAAUAUAUAAGAAUAUGUAGGCAAAGAAAUUGAAAGAUAUGAAAGACAAAAUGAAGAAUUGAGAGCUGAAAUCAAAAAAUUAAAAUAUGAAUAAGAGAAUUCUAUUUUAGAUGCUUAAAUUAAUUUGGAUGAAUAAGAAAGAGAAGUCACUAAAUAAUAAGAUUUACUUUAAGAAAAAGAAAAAUAAGUUAAAAAAGUUGAAAAGUCUAUUGAUGAAGUUACUAUGUCAUUGUCAAGAAUUAUGUAUUAAUUAAGUGGAAAGGGAUUGAAACCUAAAAAUAUUGAAAUUAAGAGACAUGCUUUAGUUGCUACAGCAUCUACUAUUCAAUUGAGAUUAGAAAGAAUGCUAACUGUCUUAUCAAAAACUUAGGAAUUUUUAAAUGAAGAAUCCAUUAAUACAAAUCCUAGAUAUAAUAAAGUUGAAGAUUUUAUAUGUCUUAAUCCAAAGGUAAUUCUUAAUCUUUAUUUAAGAGUUACAUCUCUUAAGAAAUCAAUGACAAUGUUGAAACAAACAUUAAAUUUGUAUAUAAGGAAGAAGACAGUUCAGAUGAAGAUUGUAAAGAUAUGGAUGAAGUUAGAUAAUAAGUCAAAUCUAGAGCAUAAGAAGAAAAACCUUAAGUAAUUGUUCCACUAAAAAAGGAUAAAAAAUCUAAAUGA